AGACAUUUUAAGCCGUAAGAACUAGACUUUAAAAUGUCGGUGUUUCACGACGAAGUCGAAAUCGAAGACUUCGAAUACGACGAAGAAACAGAAACGUAUUACUUCCCGUGUCCCUGUGGAGACCGAUUUGCCAUCACGAAGGAAGAUUUGGAGAAUGGUGAGGAGGUGGCCACCUGUCCAAGCUGCUCGCUGAUUGUUAAAGUAAUUUAUGACAAGGAUCAGUUCAUGUGCGGGGAAGUCAUCGAUGCACUGCCUGCAUCUGAAACAAAACUGGAGCUGGCCCAGAGAUGACAGCUUAUGACAUCUAAAUUUAUGCCUGGACGUCGUUACUGUGUAAUGAACAUUGGACCUGAAACCAUUAGAUGAUAAAGAAUUGUAGAACCAUCAGGGAAGGAAACAAUCUUUCUCUUCUCAUGGAACUUGAGACACUUGCAACAGCAGCAUUUUGCACAUGGACUAUUAGUUUUAAUAAAUUAUAUAAACAUAUUUAUUUUAA